UCCUCUGAACUGAUCUGAAAACAGACCAGGAGGAGAGAAGAGUCCUGAUACAGCCUGGUCGCUUCUGCUUCUACUCAGACAUCUUUCUGAUCAUCACGCCUGCACACACACUCGUGUGCACUUUUUCUGUGACUGCCACCAUCACAGAAAACGUCACGACUCAUCGAUCCACCUGGAAGACGAGGGAAGCCCUACCAGAAGAACAACAACAAUCACCCUGCCUCCUCAGACAAGCCUCAGACGUCAGACCGUCCAUCAGCGCAGCCUAGGCCGACACCGCGGCGUCCCACAGAUUAAAAUGAAGAAGGUGCUCCAAAGCAGUGAGGCUCACACAGAGCAACAGCACGGCAGCGAGGAGAUAGAGAGGGAGAAGGAGUGGCAGCACAGUAGGGCUGAGAAGAAGCUGCUGGCCUUCUGGAUGUCCUUGUCUCACAGGACCUGGACCUUCUUCAGGCCCCGUGAGAGGCCGGGAUUCCAGCGCUCCGCCUCAGCCGCCCGGCUGCUGAAGAGUGAGGCGUGAGGAGAGAAAGACAGGGGGCAUGUGUGUGUCUGGAGAGUGUGUGUGUGUCUGUGUGUGCGUGUGUGUGAUGGUCUGUCAGUAGCACAGUGUCAGAAGAGGCCUGGCAGACCUGCUGUCAAGUGGUCCUGUGUGUGUGUGUCUGUGUGUGUGAUUGUGUGAGUGGUCUAUUCAAGUAGAUGAAAGUUUCCAUUCCUCUGGCUAGUCCACCAUUUGCAAAAGCACUUUGUGUUGCUGCCCUGCCAGUCCUGGAGUGACAGGUGAAGGGCAAAGCACUGUUUACUUCUUCUUUAAGCAUUGUUUUUCAUCACCUGUGACUUAACGGCAAGUCUGGAUUUUUGUCACAAGAACUUAACAGUCUGGAAAAAGGAAAUCUUCUCUGUCCUGGUUGCAACUUCUUACUCUAAGUGGAUCGUUACAUUCUUUUCAAACUAGCCUUCACGGAUUCAGCUCGAAAGCUGAGUUUGUGGACACUCCUCGCUAGAAACACUUCAGCUCGAGGCAGGGAUGGGUUAACAGGGAUCAGCCAUGGUGGUGACCCAUCUGGCUCUGGAGUUUCGUUUCCAGGGGAAGAAGCUGAGGGGCUUCAAGUGCAAACUAACCCGCUCAGCCCGCAGCUUCCUGCCAGAGAACUCAUGGAUCAUUGCAGCCCAAAUCCUGCUGCCUUACCUGGUGUCUGGUCUGGGAAUGGUGGCAGCAGGAAUAGUCAUGGAUGUUGUGCAACACUGGGAGGUGUUCAAGGAGAUCUCCGAGGUGUUUAUCUUGGUGCCAGCCCUCGUGGGUCUGAAGGGGAAUCUGGAAAUGACACUGGCAUCCAGACUGUCAACAGCAGCCAACACAGGGCAGAUGGAUGAGGCCCAGCAGCAGUGGAGGAUGGUGUUCUGUAAUCUGGCUCUCAUUCAGGCUCAGGCCACAGUGGUUGGUUUCCUGGCAGCAGUUGCAGCAGUAGGUCUUGGAGGUCUGACCAAAGGGAGAGUGGAUGUUACCCAGGCUGCUGUCCUGUGUGCCAGCAGUGUCACCACUGCUUUCAUUGCCGCACUGUCUCUAGGGUUAGUGAUGGUGGCAGUGAUCAUCGGCUCCAGGAAGGUGGGCAUCAACCCAGAUAACGUGGCCACGCCCAUCGCUGCCAGCCUGGGAGACCUCAUCACUCUGUCUUUGCUCGCUGGGGUCAGCAGUCUCUUCUUCCUUUACAGAGACAUAUGGUACCUGCCCUCUGUGGUGUGUGGUUUCUUCCUGUUCCUCGUCCCUGUGUGGGUCAUUAUUGCUAGUCGCUCUCCUCAAAUCAGAGAGGUCCUAAAGUCAGGCUGGCAACCAGUCAUUUUGGCCAUGUCCAUCAGCAGUAUUGGUGGUUUGAUUCUGGAUAAAACUGUGAGCAAUCCAAACUUUGAGGGUAUGGCAGUGUUUACUCCAGUCAUCAAUGGUGUAGGGGGAAAUCUGGUGGCCAUCCAGGCCAGCAGGAUGUCUACUUACCUCCACUACUGGAGUGUUCCUGGAGCUCUUCCGCUCAACAUGAGUGAGAAGUGUCCUGGACCCUGUGCUACCUUCUUCUCUUCAGAUGUGAACUCCAAAUCAGCCAGAGUCCUGGUCAGCCUUGUGGUCCCAGGUCACCUCCUCUUCCUGUACACCAUCCACCUCCUGCAGGGAGGUCACACUGCCAUGACCCUAAUGUUCAUCAUGUGCUUCCUGCUUGCAGCUCUGCUUCAGGUGGGGAUUUUGCUCUAUGUGGCCAGCCUGAUGGUGCGCUGGCUGUGGAGCAGGGGCCUGGAUCCAGACAACUUCUCCAUCCCCUACCUGACAGCUCUCGGUGACCUGCUGGGUACUGGCUUCUUGGCUCUGAGCUUUAGGCUGAUUGUGAUGAUCAGCUCUACUCAAACUGGACUUUGAUACAGAAACAUAGUCCUGCACAUCCUGAAUGCACUGUUCCCUGUGUGCAAGACGCCAAAACGAACUGAAAAGAAGGAACAAGAGGACAGAUGGUGUUAUUUCUACGCUCAUUAUCAUGAAAAGAAGAAUGGAAUUUUAGCUAAGGAAACAUAUUUAGUACGAGGGCACAGUUUCACUCAUUAGAUUUCUAAUUCUCUCCUCAUAAUUCGUUAAACUUUAAGAUCUGCUCUACAUUUCUGUUGACCAUGAAACAGCACAGCUGUUACCUCUUUUCCACGAACACAGUCUUUAGGCUGCAUCUACCAAUCAGUGGUGAAUUUCAUGUUGUAGUCUAGCCUGUAACCACCAAUUCAGUGGUUUCAUCUUUGGGCCCAGCAAUUUGGUAGUACCAGCCUUCUGGCACCAAUCAAAGUCUGUUUUAGCUCUAGAUUGGAGACUUGCAUUGGGACCACACUGGUACAAAAGGGAUAUUUGUGUUCAGACAGACUGUCAAGCCUUACAGUUACAUACAAAGCAAUCUGUAGGCGGUAUUUGUCCAGCUGCCAUUGAAUUGUCUUUGUGAAGUUUCUGAUGAGGUCAGACGGAGCCUGAGUGGUCUGUAACAGACAGCUGGUACAUUAGCAUGUAGGGGAGAAUAAACACACCAGCCACACUGUCAGAUCUGUGUAAAUUACAGCCGGCCCAAAGCUGGAGCAGGUAAUGUCUGGUGUACUGUUUUGGUCUCUAGUCCACCUGUUAGUAGGAUUAUUGGUUACUAGUUUAACUCUAAUGGUGUAUUCCAAUCUAUCUCAUAAAUAAUUCACCAGAAACUCAAAGCUGAAGUAUAUUAGUGCUUAAACGUAGUCACCAGUUUGUUGCACUGUGAUAAAGACAGCUUGGAGGACUUUGUUUGUUAGAUAGUAUUUUGCAAGAAAGAAUACAAUGCUAGCUUAUUAAAAUAUAACUGUUUAAUACGUUCAAGAAACAGCAGAGUGAGGAGACAUCCAAGGGACUGAAAUAUUUGCUAAAGAACAACUGAGGAAUGAAUAAGGAAGAAGCUGAGCACUAAUGAGCUGAGCACUUCCCUAAUACCUCCUGAUGAUUAUUUACCAAAGUAAUCAGCUGGGAGAUGUUACAUUAGUGAAACAAUAGCUAGUAAAUAGCCUGUAAAUGAAACUAAUUCCCUGCUUUGCUGCCAUUGUUUCCUACUGUGAUCUUACAUGUUUUUGUAUUCCCCCUAAUGAAGUACAGAGCCUCACCUUCAGCCUGAAGCGACAGAAAGAGCAGUUUACAUGUAAAAGAAUGCUACAGUAACGAGUAUCUACUUAGCUGGGUUACUUGAGGUGACAAAGAAACAGCAGGUAAUAAUUUGGUUCAGCCUGUUGUCCAAACAUGCUAAUAGCUAUUGUUCUGUUUUGUUGGUAAUGAAAAAGUACACAGUUCUCAUUAUUUUAGUUUCAUAACUGCAGCAAAAACAGGCUGUUACUGUGAUGGAAAGCAAAAAUAUCUGAUAGUGUUGGUUAGACUAGCAUACAUUUCAUAGGCUGUGUCACAUUCAUUGUAAGGUCCAAAUAGGUUUUGAUACUUUUGCAAUUUUGGGUAAAAAAACGAAUCCCUAAAAACAUCCUAGAUAGGAAAUGAUAAAGGAAGUCUUGAUGAACAAAGUCCCUCAUAGUUCCUGAAUUUUUCCCCACCAAGUUUGUGUGACCCUUGUUGUUUGUAAAAAAGCAGACAUAACAAUCACAACAGAUUUUAUUUUGUGAAAAGUAAAUCAUUCAUUGUGUGGUUAUAAUUUAUUCACAACAUACACUACUGUGCAAUAAUCUCGAGUCUCCCCAUCCUUUCAUUAUAUGUUGCUUCCCCUCCCCAUUCAAGAGAAGGUCUUGAACAACAGUUCUCCAGGUUUUCAGAAGGUCUUUCAAAGUUUUUCUUUGGACAUUGG